AUGCGGGCGGCUUCCGCAAAGGGAAGCGUCCACGGUCUCCAUGUCGCUGCUAUAAAGGAGACUGCACCCAUUUCUCAAUCUGUGACGGCCUUACGUGACACGCCAGCCUUGCCAGUCAAGGGCUCUCGAUCCGUUGAUAACGACCCCGACGAGCAGGGUGAUUCGCACUUUGCGGGCGACCACUCUCAGCACCAUUCAGGUGAUGGGCAGAUGGCUGGUGAGCCUGCUGCGAUUGCCGGCGCUCAAGCCAGCGCCUCUCAAUCCACUGACGCAGAGCAAGACUCUGAUCUUACGGCUGACGCUGAAGCAAAUAUCCCGGCCGUGUCACCGACGUCCACGCCUGCUAUCAAAAUCGUCUCGAACGUCGCACAAAUGACCAAUGAUAUCUGCAUAUGGUCUGAUGAAGCCAGCACCCGCGUAUAUUUCUACCAGCCUCGCAGUCAGGUCGACCCGAAGAGAGGUCUACGUGAUGUGAGCAAGUACGAGCAGAACAAAGGCCUGCACAUCCAAAAGAUCAAAGAUGCGAUUGUGACGCUGCUUCUCUACCAGCGCCACUCACUGCUCGAGAUGGGUCCAAUUAGCCGAUGCCUGAAAGAUUUGAGGAGGAUCUUAUGCUGCUAA